AUGAGUCCCCCCAUACCGCGCAAGCUCUGGGAGCACCCAGCGCCAGAGACGACGGAAAUGUUCAAGUUCAAGCGUAGCCUCGAACAAAAAGCCGGCGUCACUCUCAAGGAUUUCGAAGAUCUCCACUCCUACUCGGUCACAAACCGCUCCGACUUCUGGAGACAUACUUUCGAGUCCUUUCCACUCGUAUGGCACGGAGUGUUGCCCGAAAAGGUUGUCGAUGAGUCCGCCAAGAUCGAGACCAACCCGGUCUGGUUCCCCGGCGUCAAGCUCAACUUGGCCCAGAACAUACUCUACACCGGAGAUGCGAGCGGCAGGGCUACCAAGAAGCACAAGGAGGACGAUAAGGUGGCCCUCACCGAGGUCCGAGAAGGUGGACAUCUCGAUCUAAGGCGACAAUUGACCUGGGGAGAGCUCCGAGAACGGGUCGCUCGUUUAGCCAGCGCCAUGAAAACCCGCGGCGUCAAGAAGGGCGACAGAAUUGCGUUAGUUGCCAGCAACUCUAUCGAUACCCUUACUGUGUUCCUAGCGGCGACGUCCCUCGGAGCCCUGUUCAGCUCCAGCAGCGCGGACAUGGGAAUCAAGGGCAUCCUCGACCGUCUCCUCCAGAUCCGCCCGGCCUACGUCUUCUUCGACGACUGGGCCGUGUACAACGGCAAGAAGAUCGACCUGCGGCAAAAGAUAAAGGACACCAUCGACGGUAUGAAGUCCAUCCCGGAGUUUCGCGGCGUGGUCGCGCAGGAGCGCUUCCUUGGUCAACCCGCCAAUGUGUCGGGCAUUGCUCGCUGCGAGACGUGGUCGAACUUUAUCGCCGAUGCGACGAAUACUUCGGGUGAACCCUUCUUCGAGGAGUGUUCGUUUUCGGACCCCGCCCUGAUUGUCUUCUCCUCUGGCACGACCGGUCCGCCAAAGUGCAUCGUCCAUGCAAUCGGCGGAUUGAUCUUGACGGCGCACAAGGAGGGCCGGCUGCACCACUGCGUGGACGAGAACAGUGUUCAUCUGCAGUACACGACGACAGGUUGGAUUAUGUAUGUCCAGGUACCUUUUUCGCUCCUCCUCGGAGCCCACCCUGUCCUGUACGACGGAAGCCCCUUCUUCCCCGACGCCCGCGUCCUCUUAAACCUCGUGGGAGACUUGAAAAUUACCCACCUAGGAAUAAGUCCCAGAUAUCUAGAGGAGCUACAAAGGGAGAAAAUCAUCCCGCGAGAGAUGCUGGAUUUGAGUCACCUCAAAGUCGUCGUAAGCACCGGAAUGGUCCUCCCGGAGGCGUUAUUCGAAUGGUUCUACGACGUCGGCUUCCCGGCCCACACCCACCUCGGAAACAUCUCCGGCGGAACCGACAUUGCCGCCUGCUUCACCAUGCAGAAUCCCCUCAUGCCCCUCUACGCCGGUGGAUGUCAGCACCGCGGCCUGGGCAUGGACGUGCAGGCGUUCGACCCGGAAGGAAAACCGCUACCCGACGGCGAGGCCGGAGAGCUCGUGUGCGUGUCCGCUUUCCCUACCAUGCCCAUCGGUUUCUUCGGACCCGGUGGCCAAGAGAAGUAUUUCAAUAGUUACUUUGCGCGGUUCCCGAGCGUGUGGACCCACGGCGAUUUUAUCCAGGUGCACCCGCAUACGAAGCAAGUCACCUUCUUGGGACGCAGCGAUGGCGUGCUGAACCCGAGCGGUGUGCGGUUUGGCUCGGCGGAGAUUUACAACGUUUUGAACGCGCACUUUGCGGAUCGCAUCGCUGAUAGCAUCUGCGUGGGACAGAGGCGGCCUCAGGAUAGUAAUGAGAGAGUCUUGCUCUUUGUGCUCAUGAAGGAGGGUCACAAGUUUACGAAAUCCCUUGUGCGGGAUAUUAAGCAGGCCAUUCGGACGGAUCUGAGUCCUCGUCAUGUCCCGGCGUUUGUCUUUGAGACGCCAGAGAUUCCGACGACGGUCAACAUGAAAAAGGUAGAGUUGCCGGUCAAGCAGAUCGUGUCGGGCCUCAAGAUUACGCCAUCUGGAACCCUAGCGAAUCCCCAGAGUCUGGACUACUACUAUCAGUUUGCAGACGACAAACGGCUCAAUGCCGAGAUCGACGCUAAACUCUAA